AUGUCUGGCACGGCGAUAGCUCUGAGCUCCUACAGUUAUCCAACUGCCGUCUCGUGGGGUUCUUCUCACCUGGAGGUGUUCGCACUCGAUACUGGCGUCUAUCCGGAUUGGAAGUACAAAGACUCAACCGCGUCUGCUGCGAAUGAGUGGAGUCCGGAAAAUUCAACGUUUGAGUAUAUCGGAAGCUCCACAGCUCCUUUCCAAUAUGGGAUCGCAGCAAUAGCACGGGAUACUCAAAAUGUCGACAUAUUUAUUACUGGCUCCGAUUUUGGGCUAUACCAUAAGUCCCACAGCACGAAUCUGGCAUGGGUUCCAAGCCUCACGAAGUGGGAGGCACAUGGGGGAAUGCUCUCCAGUGCUCCAAGCGUCGUAUCGUGGUCUUCCCAACGGCUCGAUGUUUUUGGCAUUGGAGAGGCUCCUACUUAUCAAUUGCUUCAGAUGACCUGGGACGAGGGCCAGUGGGGUGGCUGGAUUGGGCAUCCGGCAGCCUCGAUGUCGGCCCACGCUCCUGCUGUAGUAUCUUGGGGCCCGGGGCGCCUCGACGUCUUUGCGUUGAGUGCCAGGGACCACGCCCUCUACUACCGAUAUUAUGAUGGGAAGCAAUGGCACCCUAAGGACUCACUUACCAACUUGGGGGGUUACGGGACGUCGAGACCAGUUACCAUAUCCCUGCAGCAAGGCCGUAUAGACAUUUUCAUGAGAGGUGGUGACGCUGGAAUUUGGCAUAACGUGUACGCCAAUGCCACAUGGUCGGACUGGACUGCGAUCAGUGUCGGAAAGAGCGUCCAUACAGAGCCAUCUGUUGUUAGUUGUGUGGAAGGAGUGAUUGAUCUUUUUGCGUGGGCUGAAGAUAAUUCUUUGAUCCAUAAGAGACUGGACAUUUUCACGGCAACCUGGACUCCAGAUACUGAUUUUGACAAGCUCCGUGACGGUUUAGCUGGUCCGCCCAGCGCAGUUAGCGACGGCGCGGGAAGCCUUCACGUGUUUGCAUACAUGCAGGCUGGAGACCUAGGCCAUCUGAGCUGGAAUGAGUCUUCGAAGACCUGGUCGCCAGGGACUGGUAUCGAGUCAUUAGGUUCCGGGGAUUGGUCAUAA